CUUCCUGGAUCACCAAACACGAUGCAUGAGGACUCCAUACAAAAGGCUUCCAGCGUUGAGGUCGCAGAGCGAAGAAAAAGCAGUGUUCUCAGACCCAAUACCACACGCGGAGAUAGCUUCCUCGAUGAGCCACAUGGAUUCAAAAAGUCGGACGACAACUCGAGACCAGGACCCGGAUUGACCAAAUUAUCAUCUUCCCGUACACCAUUAUCUAGAGGCAACUCUUAUCAACCAGAUUGGGCGCAAGAUGCAGAAGACGUGCCCGCACCUCCAGUGCCCUUGCAGGAGCUUGGAUCGCCAGAAGAUCUCAAAGACAUGUUGAGGAUGGGCAGGACCCAGGAGAUGNNAAAAUUAGUAACAACAAUCAAACGCUCGAAGCAGGCGGAUGUGCUCUACUUUUCUGGUCUUGUUCAUGUGUGGUCUUUCGUGGGCUCCAUGUUCAUCACCGCGUCGCUAGCCGAGAUGGCCUCGAUCUCGGCUGGUCAACAUUUCUGGGUUUCAGAGUUCGCCAGUAAACGAUGGCAGCAGCUCCUGUCCUAUGUCACAGCGUGGUCGACACUCCUUGGUUGGCAAUGCGGAAACGCCUCAGGACUAUUUUUGACCGGCUCGCUCUUCCAAUCGAUGAUAACCAUCUAUCGACCUGAUAAUGGCCAAUACAUGUGGCAGACAGUUGUGUUUAUUUUUCCGUGUCUCAUUCUCGUUGUUGUUGUCAACAUAUAUGGAACGCGUACGAUUGCGGUUAUGCAGAACAUCGUGAUGUCGUUCCACAUACUUGCUCUCAUUGCGAUCAUCGGUCAGUUGAAUCCUGGAUACGCUCAAGUUGCCAAUUCUAAUAGAAUCCAAGCAAUCUUGGGGGUUCUCUCGCCGCAUAUUCCUGCAAAGAGGGCACUUUUCCAGAUCGAAAACACAGAGUGGCCUUCUGCAGCUUUGGCUGUGUUUGCUGGUCAGACAAACGCAAAUUAUAGCUUGUUCNNUGUGAGUGCUGUGGCACUUCUGACAUACGCAGAGCUAAUGUCGACAGAUGUUGAUGCCCCAAUUCGGCUUUCUGAAGAGGCUCAAGAUGCGGCGAUAGCCGUGCCAAAGGCAACAAUGCACACUCAAGUGAUCAGCGGAGUUUGUGGUCUAGCAGUAAGAUCUCGUUGUAAGCAUGCAGUCUUUGUUCUAACGAUUCUUUUANNGGCUGUUGCGAUGUUCGCAUUCUGCGUCCCAAACGUCACAGAAGCCAUAGGUCACCCAACGGGUUACUCACUGCUGUAUGUUCUGCAGUUGUCUGUUCCAAAUGGGGUUAUAGUAUGCGUGCUUUUGGCAUGCAUUGUUCUUGUCGGAGCAAGCAACAUCGGCUUUGCAGCAGCGACUGCAAGAAUUACAUAUGUUUUUGCAAGAGACCAAGGUCUUCCAUUCUCUCAUUGGAUCAGCAGGGUUCAUAAGAGACGCCUUACGCCAAUCAACGCUGUAAUCUUGACAGCAGUUGUUAUUGCGCUAUUGUCGCUAAUAAACCUUGGUUCCACAACCGCCUUCUAUGGCAUCUCCAGNGUGGGACUUGCCCAAGCCACACAAGCCAUGUCGUAUAUCUUGCCCAUCUCGUGUGUCCUGUAUCGUCGCAUCAAAUCUCCAGGGGACAUGCCGAAAGCGCGAUGGAGUCUCGGACCUAUAUGGGGUCCAAUCAACAACGUUCUCGCCAUCGUUUUCUCUAUCAAUUGCUUCAUUUCAGCAUUUGCUCCACCUAGUCUGCCAGUUUCAAAGUCAAAUUUCAACGUGGCAGCCGUGCUUUUCACAGGCGCGAUGGUGCUGAUGAUGAUAGCGUACUAUUUCAGAAAGGGAAAAUACCACGCAUUAAGAGACACUCCCAGCUGGAACUUGAGCCAGCUGGGUACUGGACAGAACGUUCAGUUCUUGACGGUUCCGGAGGAAUUUUGA